UUUGUCGCGCAGAGUGAGGCCAGAGAACAAGAUAAGGCAAAAUUUCAGAAACCCCUCAAACACAAUUCAAAAGGAUCACAAGAAAGAGUGUGGAUUAGCAGUGAAGGAAAAUGGCGUGCUGCUUGUCAAUGGUAACAAUGGCGUCUUACAGAGGAAACACUGCUUUCAACACCCCAUCAGCAUCACUUUCCCUUCUGGCUGUAUCGAGAACGAGGAGCUCUGUGUCGCUCAAUGUCAAGGGCAAGAGCUCAAUUUCUUCCGAAACCCUUCUUUGCAGCGCGUUCACAAAUUCCUCGCUGUCUUUCUCCUCUGUCUCAGCCUUUGCAGGGUUCUCAUUGGGUUUCGACUCGUUUUCCGGCAUCCAGCCUUCUUCUGGAAAAAGGCGUGGCUUUGUGGUGAGGGCAAGUAAAUAUCGCCUUUGCCAGACGAAAAGGAAUCGUUCGAGGAAGUCACUUGCCAGAACACACGGCUUUCGAAUGCGUAUGAGCACCACAAGAGGCAGGGCUGUGCUUAGUCGUAGGCGGGCCAAGGGAAGAAAGACUCUCUGCACAAAGUCCAAUCCUUGCAGUGGCAAACGUGCUUAAAAAACCGAUCCUUCAAGUUUUUCGUGAGCUUUUCGUGUAAGGUAAUAUGGCAAAUUAAUGAUGUGUUGAUGUGUGUCGGUCUCGAUGUUUUUUUGUUUGCUUUGGUUAUUUUUGUGGGGAAAAAUGCACAUUCUUGAUGGGAUACUUCUCAACUUCUUGAAAAAGCCCCCCAACUUGUCGAACUCCAUUGUUGAUACUUGUGUACUGGUAUUUUGAAAUUUGAUUGAUGUUGAUCUUUCAGGUUUUUGUAUUUAAUUGUUUUAUAGGGUACCAUUAAAAGGUGGGAUUUUGGGUAUUACAUUAGUAGCAAUGGAGUAUAUGAUGAGGCACUAUAUGUAUAUUCUGCCUUCGGUGUUUGCUUAAUUUCAAAACGUCUCUCUCUCUCUCUCUCUCUC